ACCUUCAACAACACAACUACAAUGGAAUAUUCCAAGAUGUGGUGGUAAUAUAUUUAUACCCUCACUCACAUCAAUCAUUUCAUAUAUACUUACAAUAAUAUCAUAUCCCCAAUUGAAGUGGUGUUGUCGCCAUUGGCAAGAAUCAAUCAAUCAGAGAUGGCGGAUGAAGACACCUCCAAGGUCAAGGAAGUCACCUACGAGCCGCCGGCUGAUCACGCCGGCGGCGGCUUGGUGGAAGAAGUCACGGCGGCUGCAAAAUCUGUAUUGGAAGAUGCGGCGGCCAAGUCGUCUUCUUACGUCGAAAGCCUCGUGCCCAGUUUUAAGACUCUCGGCGGCGGCGCCGCCUCUGAAGAUCCGCUGCCAACUUCCGACAAGAAUGUCGGAGAACCCCCCGCCGCCGCCGCAACUGCUGCUCCCAGAGAGGUAGAGGAAAAAGGAUUCGUGGCUACCGGGAGCCAGGCUUCAUGGAAGAACUGCUGCGGUUUGCUCGAUUUUCUGCAAGGCUCCGACCGGUGAUGACUACCGGAUUAAAACAUCGACGAUGAGGUGCCCAGAAUGAGUGAUUGGAGUUGUAUUCUUGAACAAAUUUGUAAAUUUAUGAGUUAUGUAUGUGAAUAUAAUAUUGAAAAUGCACACAAUAAGGUUGAGGGUACAUAAGAUCCACUGUUUUUUUAAUGACUUUGAUCGUAAUUUGAUCUCAAUGUAUCAUUUCGUGGUUUUCAGUUCUCAUCUUCUUCUCAUUGCAUUGCAGAAGAUGUCUGGAUUUAUUCUACAAUUUGUGUUGUUGAAAUCUUAUUUUUUAUAAUUUGAUGAUGUUAACUCUCUAA